UUCUCAUAAGGGCUGGUAUGGGCGGGGAACCGUCACAGUCGCUAACCUCCCAGGCUUAGGCGUGGCUUUCCUGUCUUUUCGCUUCCAUUGGCUGAUGCGGACGCCUCCAUCGACACUCGUCCGCUAGAAUCUUCAGGAGAGAAGAAACCCGUGUUUUCGCAGAAGAACGUUCGUCAGAGCGUGGAAAGGGCAUUAUGCUUCCAGCACUUCGCUACCUCUGCCAUGGUAUGCCUCCUGCAUCCGCAGCCAGCAUGGGCCAAGUUCGAAAAUACUUAUCCUGGGAAAAUAAGCAGCGUUGUCAAGGGCUGCUAGAGGCAUCCACCAACCGAUACAGACAAGAAGCUGCAUCAGCAGCUGUUUUGGUGUCCCUGUGCUCUGUGAGUGGGGACCCAGCCAUCCUGUACACCCUGCGGUCCAGCACCCUGACCGGUUUACACAAAGGAGACGUCAGUUUCCCAGGUGGUAAGCGUGACGACUCUGACCGGGAUGUCAUCGCCACAGCACUCAGGGAGACUCGGGAAGAGCUGGGCCUGCAGUUAGGGGAGGACUGCGUCUGGGGAGUCAUGAGGCCUAUACCUGAUAGGAAUAAAAUGACAGUUGUGCCUGUGCUAGCAAACUUGGGUCCUCUGGAGCACCUGAUUCUGAAGCCUAACCCCCAAGAGGUGGAGGCUGUCUUCACACUGUCCUUUUCCCAUCUGCUGCAAGAAGAGAACCAGAGCUACACCCACUUCUGCAACAAGGGUUCCUACAGCUACACACUGCCUGUCUUCUUGCACGGUCCUUACCGUGUAUGGGGUCUCACAGCCAUAAUCACUGAUUUGACUCUAGAAUUGAUGGCUCCAGGGGCAUACCGCAGGCGGACUCGUGUGCCAGCCAGUCUCUUAGCUGUACAGCCAAGGUCAAAGCCUUGACUGCCAAGCUCUGCUCCCCUUUUCUGUGUUUGCCAAAGGACUUUGACACAGGUGCUGAUCCUUGCCUAGUUACCAGAGUCUUUUAAGAACGCAACUUGGUUCACUCUUGUUUACCACACAGAAGUUGGCUUGUCUGCCAGUCCAUGGUGCAAUUGUACUGCAUUUUUAGGGAGAGGACAGAUUAGGAAUCGCCUGUCUGCUUUUGCUGGCAGCUGCUAUAGGAUUUAUUUAUGAAUAGAACUUGAAUAAACAUACACACUGGGAA